AUCAAUCAUUCACCAAAACCUGCGCCAUUAUCGGGCAAGAGAAAGAAGGAUUACUAAUCAACCAUGCUUUCCACAACUUAUAAUAAUAAUAGUUUCUUUCUACUUACUAUCAUUAUUCUCUUGGUGCUAUCUUUUGUUUCUCCUUCAAAUGCUCAAUUGAGUUCAACCUUCUACUCUAAAACAUGUCCCAAUGUAUCAUCCAUUGUUAAGAAUGUUAUUAGGCAAGCUCGGAAAUCUGAUCCACGUAUUACCGCAAGCCUCACUAGGCUCCACUUUCAUGAUUGCUUUGUCAAUGGAUGUGAUGCGUCGCUGUUGCUAGACGUAGGUGGCAACAUAACAGAGAGCGAGAAAACUGCAGGUCCUAACAACAAUUCCGCCAGGGGCUUUAAUGUAAUUGACAACAUUAAAGCCGCUCUUAAUUCAUCAUGCCCUGGUGUUGUGUCUUGCGCUGAUAUUCUUGCCCUUGCAGCCGAAGCUUCAGUUUCCUUGGAAAAAGGUCCUUCUUGGAAGGUACUACUUGGAAGAAGGGAUGGUCUAACUGCGAACAAAACUGGAGCCAAUACCCUUCUUCCUACUCCAUUUGAGACUCUAGCACAGAUCACAGCCAAAUUCAGUGCAGUUAAUCUGAACAUAACGGACCUCGUUGCAUUAUCUGGUGCGCACACAUUCGGACGUGCCCAGUGCCAAUUCUUCUCUCAAAGGCUCUACAACUUCAGUGGGACAGGCAAUCCUGAUCCAACAUUGAACGCUACCUAUUUAACAACUCUACAACAGAGUUGUCCGCAAAACGGAAACGGUUCGACUUUGAACAACUUGGAUCCUUCCUCCCCCAACACAUUCGACAAAAACUACUUCACGAACCUUCUCAACAACCGGGGCCUUCUCCAAACAGACCAAGAACUCUUCUCCACCAACGGAUCUUCAACAAUUUCAAUUGUCAGAAACUUUGCUAACAAUAAAAAUGCCUUCUUCCAAGCAUUUGCACAGGCAAUGAUCAAGAUGGGGAAUAUUAGCCCCUUGACGGGGACUCAAGGUGAAAUCAGAGCCGAUUGUAAGAAAGUUAACGGAAGUUGAGGCAACCAAAGAAUAAAUUAUUACAUGUUCUUAAAAUAUUAAAAGUUCACACUUCCAUUUAAUCAAAUUAUCGGAGUUUCUUAAUUACUACUUACAAGCAUAAUAAGCUGUCUUCUUUGAGUUGUCAGGAGUGACAUGAAUUUGUCUUUGUGUAAAAAUAAUAUUUAAAAAUUAUUAAAAUAUAUCAAAUAAUUUAAUGUUUCA